AUGCCUACAGUGCCAGUGCCAGAGCACAUGAAGAAUACUCCAGAAGAGGAAAGUAACACAGGAGAGAAUGGCUGCUCUGUGGAGGAAGGUCAUCACUCCAUGGAGCAAGGCCUUCAUGUAGAGAAACCUUGUUCAGGAUUCAUCCCUACCUUGCCCGUGCCAGAGCAAUUGAUGAAUACUCCAGAAGAGGAAAGUAACACAGGAGAGAAUGGGUGCUCUGUGGAGGAAGGUCAUCACUCCAUGGAGCAAGGCUUUCCUGUAGAGAAACCUUCUUCAGGAUCCAUGCCUACAGUGCCAGUGCCAGAGCACAUGAAGAAUGCUCCAGAAAGCAGAAUUGGCAGUGAUACCAGGCAAUUGCCUCAAGAACUAAAAGCAUGUCAAGUUGAGGACUGGGACUUGGUAAACAAGCAGAAGCAGUUAUUCCAGUUCCCUGCUGAGAAGAAUGUAGAUCACAUUCUCGAAAACUAUGCGACUUUCUUGAAGUCACAGAGAAAGUCUGAUUAUUCAGAAUAUUCUGUUGAUGAACUUGUGUAUGGAAUUAGAGAGUACUUCAACAAGAUGCUGGCCACUCAGCUGCUCUGUCAGUUUGAAAAACCCCAGUAUGCCGAAAUCCUCUUUGCUUACCCAGAUAUUCCGAUGUCUCAGAUUUACAGGGCUCCACACUUCCUGUGAUUAAUUGUGAACAUUGAGACUGCUUUGGCCCAUUUGUCACUUAAUAGGCAUAGUUUUAUGUCAUUGUCCAGCUAUAUGCACGGUUUCCUUAAUUACCUAGCAGAGAAUUCCACUUCUCUGUUUGGUGUGAGCAAUUACAAAAUGGCUUCUGUUGCAUAUUGCUUCAAAGCCCUGGCAGGGUCUGCAGACCACUCUGUUAUGACCUAG